GUGAUGCAUUCUGGGAAUUUCGGGUUUGGAAAAAAAGGAACCUCCGAUUAUUCUGCAAGAUUAAUUAUUGUUCUCUUCCCAAAUAAAAUUAGAUGUUCUUUCCUGAAGUAAAACAAGGCUGAACUAUGUAAUGAAAAUCAUGGCAACUCCAUUCAAUACAUCUCAUUCUUUCAAAUUCGACAUCUCAUCUUUACUGCCUGAAGGUCACGAGAAAGCUUUCAAGCAAGCAUUUUAUAAUGUGGCUGCCACAGUGUUUGUCCUCUUCAUAUUUGUUGCAUGCGUUGCCGUGUACUACGUCCUGGAACCUUUCCUCAGGCCACUCUUAUGGGCUGUGCUGUUUGGAUCCGUGCUUCAUCCCUUCAAGCAUAGUAUGACAGUCAUUUUUAAGCGCUGGAUUCAGUCACUUCACAUGUCAGGCACUCCUUUAACAGUGGGCGCACUCACUUCUCCUUUCCUCGUCAUUGACCAUGUGUCAGAGCAAAUGUGGGAAUUCACUCUGCAGUAUGCAGUUGUGUUCAUUACUAUUAUUGGCGUGGUCUUGACUACAUUCUUCCUGUACAGCUGUGUUCCCAGCUACAUGGUCGCUUUUGCAUUCAGCUUUCUUAGUCGACUACUCAUCGGAGUGUCACAUCUUUUGGAAUUCUGUCAUGGAGCUACCUUAUUUGUGUGGACUGUCAUUGUGGGAUACUUAUUAAUCUUAUUGCUAUGGUGGACGCCAAAAACAAAGCCUUUCCUAAUCUUCCUCUCACCUUUUGUGUGGACAAUCUUUAUCUGUCAUCUCGUUAGCAUUGCUGGUACUUUGCGUCUUACCAUCUUGUUGGUUCUACUGGCUUGUAUAUUGAUUGGUUUCCUUGCUGAUCUCAAAGGACGGUAUGCUGAGGGAUCUGUAACUGCUGCACAGCAUGAAGAAAGUGAAGCAAGUCCUCUGACAUCUAUUCAAGCUAUUCGAUCCGGACUAGCCUGGAUAUGUGGCACAGAGGAUGCUGGGUCUGAAAUCACACCAGAUAUAUCUCCUGCUACUGACACAUUAGAUAGCCAUCAAAAUGUCCAGGUGGAUCCUACCACUCCUGAACGGACAAUACCUACUGUUUUACAAUCCACCAUGAACAGUGAAGAACUAGGUGAAGAAAAAAUGAGCAAUUUCUAUCUUUACGGUCUUCUUUGGGCAUGUUUAUUGGCUCAAGUUUGGCUGCAUCCUUGGCUUUUCAACCUAUUAUUUGUACCCUGCACUUACAUGGGUUUGAAAUAUGCAGCAAUCAAAUUUGGUGCAGUCAAAUUUGGACAUGAAAAAUUGGGCCAUGCUUUUGAUGUAUUUGGAACUACAUUUGAACAAAGGAAAGAUGCACUCAUUCCUGCUCCUUUGCGAGGAUUGUGGAGAAUUUUUUUGCUUGGGGAUAGAAAGUUUCUAAUACUAUUGGACUCAUCCAUUGAUACCUUUACCAGCAUCAUGGCUAUAUUUGCAGUUUUCCUAUUUGCAGUCAUUGGAACAAUUUUUCUAUCUGUUCAGAUUUAUGGAGAGAGCAUGCACUUGGUGACUGUUACUAGCAGUUUAAUAAAUCAGACUGUUCAGAACACUGAUAUUCAGCAGUUAGUACCAGAAAGUCUGAGAGAUGUUCAGGGAACGUUAGACUCUAUGUUGGAUGAUGCUUUCUUGUAUGGCAGAGGAUGGAUUUCUGCAUCUGUUAGAUCAAGAACAAAUGUCAGCGGCCCCUUUGAAGGAAAUGGACGGUUUCCAAGUCUAGUUCGUCGCAUCAUUGAUGAGAAAAACGAGGAACGUGCUGCUGCACUGGAGAAGCAAAUUUUAGAAAUUUUCGACAGAAUUUAUGAACUCUGGCAUUCACGAAACAGCAAUAGCUCGAGUCCUGAUCUGCAACAUGUAGCAUCAUUUGAUAGUUUACUUGAUGGGUUAAAAACACUAAACAUGGAUUUGAUUGUAAAUUUUGUGAAGGAAAAUAUAGGAACACUAUUGUCAGUUUUAGAUUCUGUAUGGACAAUUCUAAAAGGAAAUAUAAGCUUAGCAUUCAGUGCCUUAACUGCUAUAGUUUCCCUUUUGUUUGGUGGAGGCACUGCUGUUUUGAAUUUUGUCUUGAAUUUUAUUGUAUUUUCCACUUCUUUGUUCUAUCUGCUUUGUGCUAGUGGAAAUCAAUAUAAGCCAGUUGAGGUAUGCAGUAAACUUUUGCCAUCUUCGGCUAGUGGAACUCAGUUCGGCUUGGCGGUUGAGGAAGCCAUCAAUGGUGUUUUUGCUGCUUCCUUCAAAAUGGCUGCAUUUUAUGGGUUAUACACAUGGCUUAUUCACACUUUAUUUGCUGUCAAAAUUGUAUAUAUUCCUUCAGUUCUUGCCGCCAUUUUCGGAGCUGUUCCUUUCCUGGGUCCGUAUUGGGCUUGCUUGCCUGCUGUUCUAGAAUUGUGGCUGGUCAAUGGACAGAUAGGGACUGCAAGCUUCAUGAUGGUAGCUCAACUUAUUCCAACAUCUUUUGUUGACAGUGCAAUAUAUAGUGAAAUCAAAGGAGGUGGCCAUCCAUAUCUUACUGGUCUAGCCAUUGCUGGUGGUGUUUUUUGCCUGGGAUUUGAAGGAGCUUUGUUUGGACCUAUGCUGUUAUGUGUUCUUUUUGUGGCCAUGCAUAUGUAUGGUGCUGUGAUAAAUCCAUCGGCUAUGAACGAGUCACGUAGAAUAAGUAAAGCAUUCUCUUUGAAAAGGAUGUUUUCAGCUGAAUAGUUUAGUCAACAUGUGGUUCAUACUUUACAAAUAUCAGUGCUUUCAAUAUUUUUAGUUUGCAUGGUUUGUAUUAUUGUACUUCUAAAUUUUCUUUAUUUUACCUGCCUGUGUUUUGUUUUGUUAUUAAAUUUUUGUUAUAUUUAUUGUCCUUAUUUUGAUGAAAGAAGUCACCGUCAUCAUUUGUAUUUUUAUAAAAUUUAAUAAAGCUUCA